AUGAGUGCUUGUUGUGGUGCCGAUUCAAAUGAAACUAGGGUCGCUCCGGAACUGGGAGAAGAUGAAAAAGCGCAAAGUAUCCGGAGUAAUAUUUUAAGUCGAAAUCGACAACAGACCGAUGUAUUAUUUCUAGCUUUAUUCGGCUUAUUCCUCAUCGGAUUGAUUGGGUUAUUAGGCUAUUGCAUGUGCUACGGUAACAUAUAUCGCAUUCUAAAUGGAUACGAUAAUUGUGGCAACAUUUGUGGACGAAAUAAUGUAUUUUCCGAGGUGAACGGUUCCAAUUGCCGUGGCAUGGAUAUGUCAAAGCACAAAUAUUUGCGUGUACAAUCUUGGAGUUUAGAUGAAGUCGACAGCGACAACAUGCAAGUGAAUCGCAUUUGUGUUGAAAACUGCAGCAAUUAUUCUGGAUAUCAAACCGUUUUACAUCGGUGUGUACCCGAAUGGAGACCACGGCCACAGCCAUUGCCCGACCAACAAGAAUCACACAUUUCAAAAACCGGGUUGCGCGACUUUUUCCAGGAGGUAGCCGAAGAUCUAUACACUUCAUGGAAGGAAAUACUUUACAUGUGUGCAAUUGCUUUCGUGUUCGCCGUCAUAACAUUGGUGAUGUUCAAACUUUUGGCCGGUGUCAUUAUAUGGAUAGUGCUAGUUGGAGCGAUUCUCGCAUUUGCCGCCGCAACGGUUCUUUUAUGGAUUCAUUACACGGUUGAAGUUCGAGAGGCCACAAAUGACACGAUUGGAAAGAGACGAAUCAAAACGUUUCUCAUUCUGGCUAUUGUUUCAACUGUGAUUACGGUCAUUUUGAUUAUAACGAUUGUUCUAUUGCGUAAGCGCAUCAAACUUGUGAUCGUUCUAUUUGAAGAAGCUGGAAAAGCUGCAGCCAAUAUGCCAUUGUUGCUGUUUGAACCAAUUUUGACUUUUGGCGCAAUAUCACUCAUGAUUGCGCUAUGGUUAUAUUUGGCAAUUUGGAUCGAGAGUUCCGGUAGACUGGCCGUACAGAAUAAUACGAAUGCAGCGUUUGUUAAGGAUGAUACGAUGAAAGUGGCAAGAUGGUAUAAUGUAAUGGCAAUGUUCUGGAUGAUUCAAUUCAUAAUCGGUUGUCAGCAUAUGGUAAUUGCUGGAGCAGUUGCGAUGUGGUAUUUCGCAAGGAAUAAACACGACCUGGACUCACCGAUUUUAACCAGUUUCGGCUAUUUGAUUACGUUUCAUCUGGGAACAGUGGCGUUGGGUUCACUUUUGAUUGCAAUUCUGCAAAUGUUUCGACUCUUGCUGAAAAUAGCUGAUAACUACACAAGGGGUAGUGCGGACCGAUCAGCGCAGUGCUGUCAUGCAGCAUGUCAAUGUUGUUUGGGUGGUUGUCAACGUUGUCUACAAUAUAUUAGUCGAAAUGCAUACAUUGAAACCGCAAUUUACGGUGAUCCAUUUUUCAAAGCAGGAUCGAAGGCAUAUCAUAAGCUAAUGUCAAAUUCAUUGCGUGUUUUCACGAUAAAUUCUAUCGGUGAUUUUGUGCUAUUCUUGGGUAAAGUGUUCGUUAUAGCGAUUACUGUAUUGAGCGGAAUGGAAUUGCUGCGAUCAAAGACAGAUAUUCAUCAUAUGUGGGUACCACUUACGCUGGCGGGCAUCUUUGCCUAUCUUAUUUCACAUUGUUUCAUCACCGUUUACGAGAUGAUUAUUGACACGAUAUUUUUGUGUUUCUGUGAAGAUUGUGAGAUGAACGAUGGCUUGAGCCGGCCGUACUACAUGAAUAAUAGUCUCAUGGAUUUCGUACAGAACUCGAAAAAAGUCAUGGGCUAUAAUGAUUAG